CUACUCUGCACUGGGUGUGGCAGGGCGAGCUGUCUCCUUAAGAGCACACCAGGGAGAGAGAGGGAGCUGCAGGAGUCUCAAGGAGUCUGACCAGUUCCCUCCAGCCUGAUGGUAUUGUUCUGGGCGGGGCUGCUGGGUUUAAAAAGCCGGAACCCACCUAAGCUGACCACAGCCCCAGCAGCCUCCUCUGACCUGCACUCUGCACCCGGCUCUCAGAUGCGGAAACAAAAAUUAGUAACUUUCCCAAGACCGCCCCAUAGGCAAGUGCACCCUUGGGAUUGGUGGCUUGCUCUCGCCACUAGGCUCUGUGAGCCUGGGGCAGGUCGGGCUGCCUGACCCCAGCCUGCACCUCCUCCCCUGCAGCCCUGCCCUGAAGCUGUGACAUGGAGAGAGUGAUCUGGGGCCUUUUGACGCUGGCAGGCCUGCCCGUCUUGAAAGCCAGUGACCUGUUUGCUGAUAAAAACGAUCCCUUCUACUAUGACUGGGCAGGCCUGCAGCUGGUCGGGAUGAUCUUUGCUGGGAUCCUGUGCGUCGCUGGAUUUGCCUUCGCCCUGAGUGGCAAGUGUAAAUGCAAGCACAAUCAGAAGCAAAGCCCCUUACCUGAGAAAGCCACUCCACUCAUCACUCCAGGCUCUGCCAGUACCUGCUGAGCACAGGAGCAACUUUGUAGCACUCUGGCGCCAGUUCCCACGCUGCUGGCUCCCCACUUGGGGGCCUGACCCUCCAUGAUGGCCUUUCUCUCCAAAGGUGAGCCUUUAGGCUCCCUUCUGAUCAGGAGGCUGUCCAACGCUUAUUUGUAAAUUAAACCGGUCUCACUCUUCC